AUGAUAAUUGAUCCAAAUUUUUCAACAAUAUAUGAUGGAAGAAGAUUAAAAAGUAUAAAUUUGACAGAAGAGGAAUGGCAAGCAAUUGGUGAAUUAAUUAUAAUUUUAGAAGAUUUUGCUGAAGCAACUGAAUACUUGGGUGGAAGUAAAUACACUACUAUUAGUUUGAUGUAUAGUAUAUUAGAAAUAAUUAGUCAAAAAUUAUUACCUGAUGGUUCAGAAGUUGAAAUUGUAGAUUUAAGUAAUUCAAAUACAGCUUUUGAUGAUAAUAUAAGCUAUAAUGAUGCAACAGAAGAAGAUGAUGAGCCUAUUACUGGAGAACCAAAAAGCAGAAAAAUUAUUCCACAAGAACAUGGAAUGUUGGCUGCAUUAUUAGAUUCCAGAUUUAAAGAUUUAGAACUUGCUUCAGAAGAAAUAUGCAUUAAAACUUUAGAACAAUUUAAAAAAGCUUAUCAAGAUACAAAAAUUUUAGCUAAUGAUAAUCAAGAAAUUGAAUGUAUUUUAGUUAAAUCUAAUUCAUUUUUAGCAAGAAUGUUUCAAAACAACAAUGAUCUUGAAGAAAAUGUGUAG